AUGCAGACUGCUUCUACAAACAUUUGUGAAAGAAUGGGUCGCUCUUAGGAGUUCAGUGAAUUCAAGUGUGGUACCAUGACAGGUUGCCACCUGUGCAAUAAGUCCAUCUGUGAAAUUUCCUUGUUACUAAAUAAUCCACAGUCAUCUGUUAGUGGUAUUAUAACAAAGUGGAAGCAACUGGGAACAACAGCAACUCAGCCAACAAGUGAGCGGGGCCAGCGCAUGAUAAAGUGCACAGUGCGCAGAAGUCAGCAACUGUUGAGUCAAUAGCUAAAGACCUCCAAACUUGGUGUGGUCUUCAGAUUAGCACAACAGCAGUGCAUAGAGAGCUUCAUGGAAUCAGUUUCCAUAGCCAA